AUGGAUUUCGCACCCUACCAAGCCUCUCCAGAAGAAACUCGCGCUCUCUCCCCUCCACCCCGCACCUCCACCUCUUCACCACGCCAGAGCAUCUCACCCAUUCGUCGAUCCUUUAGUCCCGGCGUCCGCAGUCCAGCGUUCCUACAGAGUACUAGUAAUGCAGCUGCGAAGAAUGGGAAUUUUGCUCCGAAUCAGGUGACGAAUCCGUGGGCGCAGAGGGAUGCUUAUUUUCCGGUGGUGAGUAAUCGGGAUGGGUAUCAGGAUGUGGAGAGUGGAGGGGGUGGAGAGGGGAGGACGGGUGAAAGUGGGGGUGCGGGUGCGGGUGUGGGCGUGAAUGUGGGGUAUGGAGCGGGAAAUAGAGAUGGCUUGCAUGAGUUUGAGACGAGUCUUCCGCUGAGAUUGGAUUAUGAGGCUUGUUUGGCUUAUUUGCUGUUACCGCCAGCUGGAGGUGUACUUCUUUUGGUUUUGGAGAGGAAGAGUGAUUAUGUGAGGUUAGUUAUGAAAGGAGAAGGAGACUAUUUGAGGAGAGGUUACACGCGAGAACGUAAAGUGGAGGAUUGUAUGAGACAAUGCUGA